AUGACAAGUGGGGUGUGUGUCUUCGCAUUAGUCUUCGGCAUGGACAUUGCCAAACAUUCCCAGUAUAAAGAUUUUACAUGGGCGAUUAAAUUAAAUCGCUUGGGUUUAGAAUUGCUUGGAUUAUGGCCGAAGAGCGAUGAAAUAUCUAAGAAUAAUUUCUCUUCUGAUCUCCGUGUGGUUAUUAUUUUCGUUAUAGUGACAUUUGUUUCUGGUGUACCUCUUGCCUGCUCCCUUAUACGAGUUUGGGGAGACAUGAUACUUAUGAUAGAUAAUCUCCAAAUUACUUUACCUUUACUGGUAGUCUCGUUGAAACUUGUUGUUCUACGGUGGAAACAAACAGCACUUGUAUCCAUCAUAAAAAUGAUGGCGGAAGACUGGAUGGAAUUGAAAACAAGAAAGGAAAGGGAUAUAAUGAUAAGUCGAGCACAGAUUGCUAGAACGAUUAUCAUCAGCGGAUACAUUCUAAUGGUAUUGGCGUUCAUCGUGGUUAUUAUUCUUCCUUAUUUUGGUUUACCGUUGAGGCAUUUGACAAAUCUUACGGAUCCGGACAAGCCGCUGCCGCUGCAAACUUAUUAUUUUUACGAUAUAGAUAAGAGCCCACAAUUUGAAUUAACAUACAUCAUUCAAGCUAUUACAAUUUUCUUGGCCGCCGUAACUUACACUUCGGUGAUUACUGAAGGAAGUAAUUUUUCUGCCGCACGAUUAUGUUUUCCAUUAAUGGGUAUCACUAUCUUGUUUUCGCAUGCUUUCAUUUAUUGUGGUGCUGGAGAGAUUGUAACAAUGCAAUGCGAAGAAGUAUACUAUGCUUUAUGCAAUCUUGAAUGGUACAAAUUAGAACCAAAAAAGGCAAGGAGUCUUAUCUUAUUAAUGAUACGAGCUAGCCAACCUUUCCAUAUUACUGCAGGAAAAAUAUUUCCACUUACGAUGACCACAUUUGGCAGUGUUGUUGUACUGGUAUUGUGGGCAUGCGUGAUAAUCAUGGUUUGCAUUACUAUAACAAGUGGGGUGAGGGUCUUCGCAUUAGUCUUCGGCAUGGACAUUACCAAACAUUCACAGUAUAAAGAUUUUAUGUGGGCGAUUAAAUUAAAUCGCUUGGGUUUAGAACUAAUCGGAUUAUGGCCCAAGAGCGAUGAAGUACCCAGAAAUAUCCGUGUGAUCAUUAUUUUCGUUAUAGUAACAUUUAUUUCUGGUAUACCUCUCACCUGCUCCCUUAUACGAGUUUGGGGAGACAUAUUACUUAUGGUAGACAAUCUCCAAGUUACUUUACCUUUGCUGGUGGUCUCGUUGAAACUUAUUAUUAUGCGGUGCAAACGAACAGCACUUUUAUCCAUCAUAAAAAUGAUGGCGGAAGACUGGAUGGAAUUAAAGACAAGAAAGGAAAGGGAUGUAAUGAUGAGACGAGCACAAAUUGCUAGAAUUAUUGUCAUCAGCGGAUACGUUCUCAUGGUAUUGGCGUUUAUUGUGGUCAUCGUUCUUCCUUAUUUUGGUUUAUCGUUAAGGCGUUUGACAAAUCUGACGGCCCCAGGCAAGCCGUUGCCGCUGCAGACUUAUUAUUUUUAUAACGUAGAUAAAAGUCCGCAAUUUGAACUAACGUAUAUUAUUCAAGCUAUUACAGUGUUCUUAGCCGCUGUAACUUACACUUCGGUAGAUGCUUUUCUUGGAUUCUCAAUUCUUCACUUCAGUGGUCAAUUGGAAAACUUUAAAAGCCGUAUAACUAGUUUGAUUUCAUGUCAAAAUUUUAUUUAUAUUCUGAGUCAUAACAUAAUGACUCAUAUACGGCUUAUCAGAUUCGCUGGUAUUAUUGAAAAUACUUUUACUUUUAUGAUGUUAAGCUUAGUAUUUUAUUUUGGCAUUGUAUUUUGUCUACAUGGAUUCUUAUUACUUACUGUGAUUACCGAAGGGACUGAUUUUUCUUUUGCACGAUUAUGUUUUCCAUUAAUUGGUAUCACUAUUUUACUUUCGCAUACUUUCCUUUAUUGCGGUGCCGGGGAGAUUAUAACAAUGCAAUGCGAAGAAAUAUAUCGUGCUCUGUGCGAUCUCGAAUGGUAUAAAUUAGAACCACAAUAUGCAAGGAGUCUUAUCUUAUUAAUGAUACGAGCUAGCCAACCUGUCCGUAUCACUGCAGGAAAAAUAUUUCCACUUACAAUGACCACAUUUUGCAGUUUAUUAAAAACAUCGGCUGGUUAUAUAUCAUUUCUAUUAGCAAGUCAAAGAUAAAGAAGAC